UCAUGUGAGGAUGUCAAUUCUUUCAAACAGCAAGGCGAUUGAGGAUUUAUCGUAAAUCUCCAGUCUUAUAUACUACAUUCACAAAUUCACAGAGUAUGCAGAAGAGCGAAAGCAAAGUCUCUGAAAUCAUCACAAUUCCACUUCACCGAUUUCUGAAAGGAACAGCAUUGAUAGCCAAUGUUAAAACGUCCGCGAACUCGACCAGGGAAAAUGGCUUAGUCAACUGCAGUCAGUACAAUGAAGAAAUGGGUAAUGGGAAGAAGCACGGAAGAGCUUUUUCUUGCGGAAACGAAGUGUUCGUCCAAACAGCGUUUGCUCACACAUCGGGAACAAAUGAUGCUCUGCAUAUUAACAAGCAGAAAAUAAAGGAGAUGAUUGUGGAUUUGCUACGGUCCGAACUCGGAACCCAUCGCUACGACCACAAACAAUGCAGCCAGAAGUGCCUAAAACUCAGCGAAAUUAUCGAAAUAAAUGUACGAAAGAAGUGUUUGGAUUGCAAGGUGAUAUCGUCCGUUCAUGUUGGCGCCCUGCGCGACAAGGGUCCGGCGAUUGCGAGUCAGUCCUUCUAUUCCGAACGAAACGACUGUAUUGCUUUGGCAUACUACAGCAAUAAAUCGCUCUUUGCCAGUGCCGCUGUAUUUGCUGUGCGUUUAUGAAAGCUUUAUUUAAUCAGCAGGCAGCAUUUACAUUUCAAUAGAAGCUUGUCAAGCGCUUGUAUAACUACAGUAAAAUGUCAGAAACCUAUAGAAUUCAUUUCGUAAUUAAUUGAGAAAGAAUUCAAUUAAUCUUUUUACCUUCCACUUUCAUUCAGGGGCCGGUUGUUCGAAAGGCGUUUAGCUUAAACGGUGGAUAAGUUCAAAAUAGAAAACAAAAUUAUCGAUUUAUUGAACAACCGAGCUAAAUAUUUCGAUGUACACAUUAAACGCAUAAGAUGCAUGUUCAGCCAUACCCAAAAUCUAUGAGACUAUUUUUAAAUUUUGGGUUAUCCACCUUUUAACCUAAACGCCUUUCGAACAACCGGCCCCAGGUAUUUAACUCGAUUUCCGAUUUCAAUGUAAAAAUAUCAAUUUUGCCAGUUGGCAAAUGAAUGUACUACAGUAUACAGUUAGCCAGAGAUCAGAGUUCAUCUAGGAUUGCUCCGAGGACAAAAAUAUAUAGCAGAUGUAAAAUAUACGGAAGAUUACAAGUAUCUAACUAUAAUCAGUAUCAACUUGUCAUAUAUAGGCUCUUGGGAAAUUACUUUUGUUAUCAAGCAUAAAAUUGAAACGAUCGGACAAUACGCAUCAUUGAAAAUAUGAUCGAAACAUAAUUAAAACAACUGAUUGAUCAGUCUUCAUGCAUUCCGAACAGAUUUCACUCAGGCCCGUCAUGAUCAGGGUACUACAUUUAUGUAUGAAUCGCCAGGCUGGGCUUUGCUUGACGCUUUUCCACCGCACCACUGUGGUAAAUUAAUGACCCUAAAAAGUUAUAUGUAAACAU